GUUCCCGGCCCGGAUAUCUCUGCUCUAGGAGCUGUGGCCCGUGGGCAACCGCGGCUUUCUGGAGCGCGCGCCUGUCACGACCCCCAGUUUUGGGGCGCGCGCUCUGAUGUCGGGUGGCGGUGCUGCCUCGAGAGCGCGCAGGAGGCUUCUGCUGAGCAGAGGGCCGGCCGCGGCUCGUUGCGCUGGGAAGGUUGAGGAUUGGGUCCUUUCUGGUCUGGUGACGUUCCCGGGCAUCCGUGGCCUCGGCCUGGAGAGAAACCAACCAGCUUUGCUGUCUGGCUUGCGGUUCCGCUCCUCUGUGAGGGGGGCGAGAUUGCCCGUUCUCCUCGAAGAAUGCCGUUACUUGAGGCCCAAGUACGGUGUGGGUGCUUGGGUAGGGUGUUUCUCUGCUUCGGAAACCAAGCCCUCUUGGCUUGAGAGGGCAGUGAGCCCCUUCGGAUUUCCUCACCUUGUACUGGGCUUUGUGCCGGGCAGGGAAGGUUAAUAUUAGAAGGCCCUUGAGUGGUACCUGCUUAUCUUUCAUUAGAAACUAAUACGUCCAUAAGCGUAAUUCAUACACGUCACCUCUGUGCGCUCCGGAAGGGAAUUCGCUUAUGUGGCCCAUGUGAACUCCGAGGUCUAAAAUGCCAGUUUAAAUCCUUAAACGCAGCUUUUCUUUUGCGUAAGUGGGAGGGGCUUACUUUAGUCUAUUAAGGGCCCACCUUUGCCUCAGCCAAAAAGUUGGCCUUAAACAAAAUGGAACAACCUGAGAAUCAGUGCUUUACCUUUUUUGAAAUUGCAGAAAUCCCAGCAGAAAUUACUAAAAUCUGAUAGUGUAUCACUGUAAAAGUCACUUUUGGUGUAGGAUUUCAGUCCUUUUCAGCUCUUUUUUUUGACCCUGCCGCUGUGUUUUGGUUUGUUCUAGAGAAAUAGGCACCUCUUUUUUCUAAUACAAAACAUCUGCUAGUUUGAUUUACAGUCUUGCUCAAUUAAGCUUAAGGAAAAGGAAGCUAAGAGGAAGUAAAAUCAGCCAUCAAAUUUGAUAAUGAAUAUUAGAAGUCUUAAGAACUCAGGACAAGCAGCAGAAAUACAUGCAACAUGGUGACUGGAACCUUAAGGACUCUGCAAUAUGAAUAAUUCCCUAGAGAACACCAUCUCCUUUGAAGAGUACAUCCGAGUAAAGGCACGGUCUGUCCCGCAACACAGGAUGAAGGAAUUUCUGGACUCACUGGCCUCUAAGGGGCCAGAAGCCCUUCAGGAGUUCCAGCAGACAGCCACCACUACCAUGGUGUACCAACAGGGUGGGAACUGCAUAUACACAGACAGCACUGAAGUGGCUGGGUCUUUGCUUGAACUUGCCUGUCCAGUCACCACCAGUGUUCAGCCACAAACCCAGCAAGAACAGCAGAUCCAGGUUCAGCAGCCGCAGCAGGUUCAGGUCCAGGUGCAGGUACAGCAGUCUCCGCAACAGGUCUCGGCUCAGCUCUCCCCACAACUCACCGUUCACCAGCCUACUGAGCAACCCAUCCAGGUCCAGGUGCAGAUUCAAGGCCAGGCACCACAGUCAGCAGCCCCCUCCAUUCAGACCCCGUCUCUGCAGAGUCCCAGUCCCUCGCAGCUGCAAGCAGCUCAGAUCCAGGUGCAGCACGUGCAAGCAGCCCAGCAGAUCCAGGCUGCAGAAAUCCCGGAGGAGCACAUCCCACAUCAGCAAAUCCAGGCUCAGCUGGUGGCUGGCCAGUCUCUUGCUGGUGGUCAGCAGAUCCAAAUCCAGACCGUGGGUGCCCUUUCCCCACCACCAUCCCAGCAGGGCUCACCCCGGGAAGGGGAGCGGCGGGUUGGCACGGCCAGUGUCCUCCAACCAGUGAAGAAGCGCAAAGUGGACAUGCCCAUCACUGUGUCCUACGCCAUCUCAGGGCAGCCGGUGGCCACCGUGCUGGCCAUUCCACAGGGCCAGCAGCAGAGUUAUGUGUCUUUGAGGCCAGACUUACUGACAGUAGACAGUGCCCACCUGUACAGUGCCACUGGGACCAUUACUAGCCCUACAGGAGAAACCUGGACCAUCCCUGUUUAUUCUGCCCAGCCCCGGGGGGACCCUCAGCAGCAGAGCAUUACCCACAUUGCCAUUCCCCAGGAAGCCUACAACGCAGUUCACGUCAGUGGCUCACCCACGGCCCUGGCAGCUGUUAAGCUGGAGGAUGACAAGGAGAAGAUGGUGGGCACCACAUCUGUAGUGAAAAACUCCCAUGAAGAGGUAGUGCAGACCCUUGCAAACUCUCUCUUUCCAGCACAGUUCAUGAAUGGCAACAUCCACAUUCCAGUGGCUGUGCAGGCUGUGGCAGGCACGUACCAGAAUACGGCUCAAACUGUCCAUAUAUGGGACCCCCAACAGCAGCCGCAGCAGCAAACUCCGCAGGAACAGACACCACCACCACAGCAGCAGCAGCAGCAACUCCAAGUUACUUGUUCAGCUCAAACUGUCCAGGUUGCUGAAGUUGAACCACAGUCACAGCCACAGCCUUCCCCAGAACUUCUGCUUCCAAAUUCUUUGAAGCCAGAAGAAGGGCUUGAAGUAUGGAAAAACUGGGCCCAGACCAAGAAUGCUGAACUAGAGAAGGAUGCUCAGAACAGAUUGGCACCCAUUGGGAGGCGCCAACUGCUGCGAUUCCAGGAAGAUCUCAUCUCCUCUGCUGUGGCAGAGUUGAAUUAUGGGCUCUGUCUAAUGACACGGGAAGCUCGAAAUGGAGAAGGUGAACCCUAUGACCCAGAUGUGCUCUACUAUAUUUUCCUGUGUAUUCAAAAGUAUCUUUUUGAAAAUGGAAGGGUAGAUGACAUUUUCUCCGAUCUUUAUUAUGUUCGGUUCACGGAGUGGCUACAUGAAGUUCUGAAGGAUGUUCAGCCCCGGGUCACUCCACUUGGCUAUGUCUUGCCCAGCCAUGUGACUGAGGAGAUGCUAUGGGAGUGCAAGCAGCUUGGGGCUCACUCCCCCUCCACCUUGCUGACCACCCUCAUGUUCUUUAAUACCAAGUACUUCCUAUUGAAGACAGUGGACCAGCACAUGAAGCUGGCCUUCUCCAAGGUCUUGCGACAGACAAAGAAGAACCCCUCUAAUCCCAAGGAUAAAAGCACGAGUAUCCGGUACUUGAAGGCCCUUGGAAUACACCAGACUGGCCAGAAAGUUACAGAUGACAUGUAUGCAGAACAGACGGAAAAUCCAGAGAAUCCAUUGAGAUGUCCCAUCAAGCUCUAUGAUUUCUACCUCUUCAAAUGCCCCCAGAGUGUGAAAGGCCGGAAUGACACCUUUUACCUGACACCUGAGCCGGUGGUGGCCCCCAACAGCCCAAUCUGGUACUCAGUCCAGCCUAUCAGCAGAGAGCAGAUGGGACAAAUGCUGACGCGGAUCCUGGUGAUAAGAGAAAUUCAGGAGGCCAUCGCAGUGGCCAAUGCAAGCACUAUGCACUGAGAUGCCUUGGCCAUGGCACAAGAGAAACCAGCCAGGAAAAACCAGACAGACUUUCACACUAAAGAAGAGGCCUCCAUUUUUUUUUCUUUUUUUUUUAUUGGUGUAGUUACGAAGCCUUUCAGGCUGCUUCUGUUUAAAAUAUAAAAGAAAACUUUGCCCCCUUUGCAUCUUCAUAAACCUGCUGCAGCAGACUCCUCAGCCGAUGGUGGCUCUGGGUUUCCUUGAGUGUCAUAUGUCCUAGAAAGUUGCUGGCUGACUCUUUUUUGUCUGGGGCCUGGGGAAAGGGCUUGGACUGUGAAAAGAAAUGUGGCCCCUUUCCAUCUUCAAGAGAGAUGGAAUUAAUGGUGGAUGGACCCUGCAGGGAAUCUCCCCAGCCAACUUCCACUGGGCUGACAGACUUUGCUGACCACAGGGGAACGAUGUUCUUUUCUUUCUUCAUGCUCAGACAUAAACUUAGCAUCUUAAUGGAAGAAAAAUGAGGGGAACUUCAAUUAUGAUUUAUUAAAGACAAUUUCUAUUACACCCUCCUUUAUGACAAGUGACAUUUUAGAUGUAAAAGUAAAAACUUUACCAUGCCUUUUUUUUUUUUUUUUUUUGGCCUAACAUUGAGGCCUUAAAACCUGAGGCUCCUGUGCCUGAUGGAAUUCUUGUAACAUACACUUGUGUAUCAUAUAAAGAUACCACUCUGUUUCUCUUAUGUAUUCUUACUCUAGUUGUUUAUUAAGAAUGACAAGCACGUCUUUUCAA